AUGGGAGAAAGCCUGGAAGCGAAGUGCAGUUGUGCCAGUGCUGCAGCAGAAGCCCACGAGACGUCUCCACCCACCUGUCCUCAGGAGAAGUUCAGACUGUACAUGCGAAUACUACUGUGUAAUGCGUACCUUAGAGAAGUUGAGUGGAAGGCGGGUGCGGUAGCGGUAAUUGGCGGUAAGCAUAAGCCACCGAGAUCAUGGGCAGGGGGCUGCAGGGCCAGACGGGCAGUGGGCAGCGGUACGUACCUGCAGCAACUUCCAGAGGUUCCCCCUGCCACACCUGCUAGGUGGGUUGGGCCUGUCCCCACCUCACCGCAGUCCCCGGUCCCCUUUUUCCCCUCCCAGCCCGCCUGCCCCGUCCCUCUCCUUCUCCCUAGCAGUGGACCAUUUUCAGAGACUCAGCGUGUCUGGUACGUACCCACCUCGUCCGCGUGUGGGCGCCCGCGCGACACCUGUGACUGGAGAAAUGAUCCGCACCGCACCGCCGUGGCCGUGAACCAGGAUUAG